GCGAGUGGCGUGCUAUCGAGUUUCGCGGCGGACGACGACGAGCACGCACGCUCCCCACACGCGCUCCAGUGACGAUAGACUCAUUGCUGAGUGAGGGUGGACGUGGAACGUGCCAGAGACUGAGGGACAAUUGGUGCAAUCAUCUCGUUGAGCGUAAACAAACGAAGUCAAUAUGAGCCGCUUGUUGGCGGUGUGCGCAUCCCUGUGCGCGGUCAUUGCGCUCGCACACUCGGCUGCGGUGCCCACCCAGGACACCAUGGUAGUCGCCAAGUCUGACGAUGGCGUCACCGUUGCAACUAACUCAGCACCGGCUGUGACUGAGGUCACGACAGAAGAAUCCAGCCCACCAAUUAAACUGACAGAGAUGGACGUCAUAUCCGAGGUGUCACUUCGGUAUGCGCAUACGACGGUCGUGGCGAAAGUACGAAACCCUGCCAAGAAGGCCCAGGAGGCCAACUUCAGGGUCCUACUGCCCGAGACUGCUUUCAUCAGCGGAUUUGUCAUGACACUCGACGGAAAGUCCUACAAGGCGUACGUGAAAGAAAAGGAAGAAGCCAAACAGAUUUACCAAAGUGCAGUCGAUCAGGGAAUCGGUGCUGCUCAUAUUUCUGCCAAAGCACGUGAUUCAAACCAUUUCACCGUUUCCGUGAACGUGGAAGCUUCAUCAAACGCAAUCUUCAACUUGACUUAUGAAGAGUUGUUGGUGAGACGUAAUGGUGUAUAUAACCAUGCCAUCAACCUGCACCCUGGAGCGCUGGUGCCCAAGCUUACAGUCACCGUCCAUAUCAAAGAGACUGAGAAACUCGUGGAGCUGAGAGUACCAGAGAUCAGGACUGGAAACGAAAUAGAUGCUACUAAGGAUGAUGCCCAAAACUCAAAGGUAUCUAUCGUAAAAGCGCACGACGACCGCGAAGCGACCAUCACGUUUACACCAGACCUCCAAGAACAAGAGAGACUCAUUCAAAUCUAUACUCAAAAGUCCAAGGAGUCUGCUACUGCUACUCAUUCGUAUUCAUCAUGGUCAUCAUACUCGGAGCCUCCCGAACCCACUCCAGAAGGAGUGCUUGGUCAAUUCGUAGUGCAGUAUGAUGUGGCUCGUCCUAAAGAUGGUGAAAUUCUGGUGAACGAUGGCUACUUCGUUCAUUUCUUCGCACCGACAGAGCUCCCGCCUUUGAACAAGUUCGUAGUGUUCGUCUUGGACACGUCUGGCUCCAUGAUGGAUCGCAAGAUUGUUCAACUGAGGGAAGCCAUGCAGACUAUCCUCUCAGAACUUAAUGAAGGCGACUACUUCAGUAUUGUGGAGUUUGCCUCUGUUGUCACGGUGCAUGAUCUCAAAGAAGCAGAAGGUGAACCCCCGAAGAAUCAUUAUUCAUAUUUCGAUUAUCAUGACAAACAAGUGAACCUGGUGCCACCGUCGAGGGCCACUAAAGAAAACAUUGCUCGCGCCAAAGUUAUUGUCAACUGGCUGCAAGCUUCUGGAGGUACUAACAUCGGAAGAGCCUUGGACGUGGCUGUGGACCUGAUAAACAAGGGUGUGGACUGGACCACUCCCCUACCUGUUACUGUGUCCACUAACGCCUCUGACAAUGCUACCCCAACUACCGAAGCUGUUGCAACUACCGAAGCUGUCGCAACUACCCAAUCUGUUGUUACUGCUGAAGUUGCCGAGAAAAAAGGAACCAAAACCCUGGAGCCUAUCAUAAUCUUCCUGACUGACGGAGAUCCAACCGUCGGCGAGACUGACCCCAAGCGCAUCAUCACCCACGUACAAGAAAAGAACUCCGGACCUAACAAGGCUACUAUCUACUGUCUUGCUUUUGGCGAAGAUGCGGACCGUAAGUUCUUGCGCAAGUUAUCACUACGUCACGGAGGAUUCAUGCGACACAUCUACGAGGCGGCGGACGCGGCUCUGCAAUUACGCGACUUCUACCGACAGAUCUCGUCCCCGCUUCUCGCUAAUGUCAAAUUCAGCUACCCUCCCGGACAGGUUCGCUCAGAGUCUCUGACUCAACAUCAGUUCCGCACGUACUACGCUGGCUCCGAGUUGGUAGUGGCCGGACAAGUGCUCGACGUGCCUGAGCUUGCACCCACCGUCGAAGCCUUCUGCGGCGUCGACGAUGGGAAGGGCAGGAAACGCUUAGAGAUCUUACCCAAGGCUCCCAUUGAGAAGAAGAAACAAGGAACUUUGCCUCUGGAACGACUAUGGUCCUACCUGACCAUCAAACAGCUGUUGGACCAACGUGAUGCUUCUGAUGACGCCGAGCCUGCUGAUAAGGAAAACACUCCCGAGAAGAAGGCUCUGGCGUUGGCAUUGAAGUAUGCGUUCGUAACACCAUUGACGUCCCUUGUGGUGGUGAAGCCCAACGCUACUAAUGCGGUCAACGCCGAGUCUGUGGAUAAAGCAGCUCCUGGAGGUGCUGGAGGUUUUGCUGGCAUUCCUUUAUCAGUAAACUUGGCUCGUCCGAUGGCAAGUCACGCGGCUUUCGGUCUGUCGGGUCCUGGCUACUUCACUCCUCUCUCUCUUCCAGCACCAGCGGCACCAAGUGGCGCCUUCGCCAGUUAUAGUGGUGCUAGCUACCCUCUCUAUGACAGGGUAACUACAGCGUAUCGGACUGUUCCUAGUUCGAUCACAUCUUUUAAUCGAAAUAAAGUACUGCUACACAGUAGUAGACCAGCUUUUUAUUCCAGUGCUGCUUCAUUCGGUUCAUACACAGGAUUCGGAUUCGAAGGAGCGAUUAGUACACCGGCGCCUCCUCUGUACUUACCGACCUAUGCGCCUUCGACCACUUCACGUCCGGCCUUGGCGGACUUCCACCUGCAGGGCUACAGUUGGCUGGAGUCACUCCUAGACGCCAGUGCGAGCUCCAUCCUGCUGCCCACUAACGACACCACUGUCACUUUGAAGCUAUCCAAAGACCCAGUGGCUCCGAAAGAAGCAAGUGGUGACGCAGAAUGCUCGAACGCGGUGGAGGGCGGUGCAGGACUAUGUGUGUACCUCACAAGAUGUGACGGUGUUAAAGACAUCACUCUGGACGUUUACAAGACUACAUACUGCACACUCAGUCAAGGAUUUGCUGGAGUUUGCUGCCAACAGAAGAAAAUCGACUUAACACAUUAACAAAUAAGGUCUAGGUAGUAUUAAACCAUGACAAUAACAAAUGAGAUAAAUAACAAUUAAGAUACUGUGAUUACUGUGAAUAUAGAAAAGACAACAGAAAAUAUACAAAAUAAGCAAUAUUUUAAAAUACGAUAUGCCUAUGAAUAACAAUUUAUCAAUAACUGUGCCUAUACAGUGAGAUUAUUUGCAUGGGUUGGUAUUUUAGUAUGAACUGAAACGUUUUGAACAAAUGUUAAGUAAUUACAGAAAACUUAAGGUGCUAGAAUAAUCGAUUAGUGCCAUUAUUAGAAUUAAACAUGACCUACUGUUGUGAAAUGUACCUAGUUUUCGUUUUUUUACAAUUGAAUCUUAAAUAAAGAUAAGAUAAUUUUUCAAUAGAUAA